AUGUUGUACCUGGUUUGCAACAAGUCGGAAACGAAGAGACCGCGGACGUCGGUCGACCUUCUUCUGCCUCAAGCUCGUCGUAGAAACGAAGGAAGGCUAAGGCACAGCCACUGCGACCUGGACGGCGAGCGGUGCAGCAUAUGCCUCGACCCAUGGACAUCGAAAGGCAAACACAGGAUUUGCACCCUUCUCUGCGGACACCUGUUCGGGCAAUCAUGCAUCGAGAGGUGGCUGAAGGAGAGGCGAAGCUGCCCCCAGUGCGGCACCAAGGUGGGGGCAAAGGGCACCAACAGAAUCAUCCCGCUCUUCCUCCACAACCUGGUCGCACAGGACACGGGAGAGCUGGAAACGGCGCGGACGCUUCUCGAAGAAGAGAAACGCCUCCGUAAACAGUGCGAGGCGGAGAGGGUGCGGGUGUCCAUCGAAAACGCUAGCCUGAAAGACCGACUCUCGCGACUAGAUCAAGGCGGUGCCGGCGUCGUCUCAUCCAUUGUCGCGCGAAGCCAAGGAAGCGUUUCUACUCCGGGGUGCCCUAAGCCAAAACGGACCUUGAGCCAACUCGCUACUCCUGGGGGUGCAGGGCCCGGGGUGUCCUCAGUUGCGUACAGCAGCAGCGUCGACAUUGGCAGUAACAGUUUCAUGACACCCUGCCCCAAAAUAAGCCAUUCGGGCCCCGCCGUGGCCUACCCGCAAUUCAAGACUCCUCCGCCGCGACGACCGAUCGGUAACUUGGAUGUUGGCGCCGGCGGCGGUAGCGGCGGUUGGGGCUUGGCUGCCACGGAAAGCGGGAGCGAGGGGGCGGCGGUAGGCAGCACUGUCGCCGUGCGAUUCGAGCAGUUGCUCUCGCGGGAUGUGCUCUCGGGAAGGGUGGCCGCGUUCGCCGGGGGAGCGGCUGGCGCGCUGGUAGUCUCGCAAGAGUUGGGCAUCGCCGGUGGGUCCCGGGGUUCGUUGCGGCAUGGAGUCACGAAGUUUAGCCUUGCGGAUCUCCGUCACAACAAGAGCAUCCAUCUGCACCGAGAGCAGGUGAGAGAUGUCAAGUUCUCCGCAGACGGUGGGAGCGUCGGGUACAUCCUCAGCACUUCCUUCGACAAGACGUUAAAGGUGUGUGAUCUCCGGACGGAUAGCGUCGUGGUGCAGUAUGAGCUGGAGGGGAGCGGAUGGUCUUGCCAGUGGAGCUCCACAGCCCCAACCCAGAUGUUCUGUGGUGUCGUCGAUGGGACUAGGACUUCGGCGGUUCAGCUGUUCGACCUUCGCUCUACAGCGGGCGCCGUUCGCAAGCUUCGCGCCGCGGCAAGCCAGAGGCAGCCCAUCCAUAGCAUUUGCCACACCGCCGACGAUGUACUAUGUUGUGCCACCAUGGGAGGCGUUUGGGCGUGGGGUGGUGGUACGAAGGAAGGCGGGGUGAGCGAGGCCUGGGAUCGGGAGGAGCAGGCGGCGGAAAAGCUCCAAAUUCAGGCUGGAGCGUGCUGCUCUCUCUCCCAGAGCCAUGGUACGGCAGCGGCAAGCAGCAGCGACGUCGACCAGCAACCCUUCCUAGUCUCUACGCGGGGUUCGUCAGCAAGCCAUACCGUCUUUAGGCUAGCGCCGGCGUCCGCUUGCUCUCGGCAAGCAGCCGCUGCCGCCGGUGUUGGAGAAAAUCCUACAGCCGAGAGUCAUAAGGACCAGGAGGUGGCUGUCGAAGGACAGCGAGAUGCGGGAGGUAACGUGGCGAUGGAGGAGGAUCAGAGCGAGGAAAAGUUUGAGUGCGAGCAUGCUGUGGAGCGACAACCUUCGUCUCUAGGUUUUGACACGUCUUUGGCGCGGCUGUCAGCGGUGGUCGCACGCCGUUCGUGGGCGGACAGGUGGACGCGAUCCCCCCGCGUCGCACAGGGACACCAAAGUCAGCACACGCUUUCGAGGUCGCUGCUGUGGGAUCCGUCCCCAGGGGAUGGCCUACUCAUCGCUGGUGGAGACGAACGGACGAAACAGUGAUGUCAAGCCCGCGACAUUUCCAACUGACCACAGGACGGGGCGGCACCAAUUCCAUAAGAAGGAAUGAUUGCCCUGCCGGGGUGAAAACAGUCGGGAUGAGACUAAGGUUAUUGUUGUUUUCGUUGCCUUCACCUUGAAAACGCUUUCCAGUCUGUCUCUGUCCAACACCGAGCAUACGUACUGGUUCAACCAUUCUCGACCAUGGGCACGUACGUAUUACACAUCCAGAGUGCGUCUCAACAACUACGGGGAAUUAUCUUGUCGUAUAAGCCCUACACAAAAUGAAGAUUCCAAUACACGUUACACCACAGCCUCUAGCUUGAGUCGGAACAAUGAUGGCUCUUUGCCCUUGUCUCGCUGCCAAAACUACAUGUCUGAGCCUAAACCCACAUAUUGACGCCUUGACAAGAUUAAGAUUCAUGCAUGUCCGUCUCAUGAAAUGUAGACACCCUCCCGUAUCGAGAUCCCAAAACCUUCAUCACCAUGUACCAGGAAGUUGGCUAUUUCAUCCUACAAGGGAAAUGCAAUUGCCAUGGCCGCUGUUGUGGCUGAAAGACGGCAUUCAAAACAUGUGUACCAUGCAUACUCCGCAGUAUGACACAAGAACAUCCCCCCCAAUUAAAGUCAAGAUGUGGACAGGAAAGUUGACAAAAAGUGUUACGCUUGGGCAAUAGCACCGAUACAAUCAGGUCGUUGUUGAGAAUCUGACCAGAACUGCGCAACCAUCUCAAAAACUUUCAAUCUUUCACAGCAGGCUUUUUCCAUCACGUGUCACACGUCGCAGCGACCUUGGCCACACGACUCCGGCAAUCGGUUGAUUGAAGUUCCACCCGAACGAUAGCUGCUGCAGGGACACCGGCCACACGACUCCAGCAAUACGUUGGUUGAAUUUGGGCCCGAACGAUAGCUUUUCCAGUGACGACGGCCACACUACUCCGGCAAUAGGCUGAUCGAAAUCACACUCGAAUGAUAGCUGCUGUAAUGAGGAUGGCCACACGACUCCGGCAAUAGGUUGAUUGAAAUGCAUCCCGAACGAUAACUGUUGCAAGGAGGUCGGCCACACGACUUGAGCAAUGGGUUGGUUGAAGUCAAACUCGAACGAUAGCUGCUGCAGG